CAUGGAUUCCCUCGUGGCCAAGUACAGCCGGCCGGCGUAUGCGCAGAAUGAGCCUCUGGAGGACGAGGAGCUUAGCCAUGAGCUGAUGGACCCGGCGGCGCACCUGUCGCUCAACUUUGCCAUGCCGCCCAUUGCCCAGCCCUCUGCCUGGCUCCGCGCCGCCACAGACGACCGCUCCAACCCCGACUGCCCCAUCAAGAUCGCCCACGGCACGACGACGCUGGCCUUCCGCUUCCAGGGCGGCAUCAUCGUGGCGACGGACUCGCGCGCGACGGCGGGCAACUGGAUCGCCUCGCAGACGGUCAAGAAGGUGAUUGAGAUCAACAGCGUGCUGCUGGGCACCAUGGCGGGCGGCGCGGCGGACUGCCAGUACUGGCUGGCGUGGCUGGGCAUGCAGUGCCGGCUGCACGAGCUCCGCCACAAGCGCCGCAUCAGCGUCGCCGCCGCCAGCAAGAUCCUGGCCAACCUCAUCUACAGCUACAAGGGCAUGGGGCUCAGCAUGGGCACCAUGUGCGCGGGCGUGACCAAGGAGGAAGGGCCCGCGCUGUACUACGUCGACAGCGACGGCACGCGGCUGGCGGGCAACCUGUUUUGCGUGGGCAGCGGGCAGACGUUUGCCUACGGCGUGCUGGACUCGGAGUACAGGCACGAGAUGAGCGACGAGGAGGCGCUCGAGCUGGGCAAGAGGAGCAUCCUGGCGGCGACGCACCGCGACGCCUACUCUGGUGGCUACAUCAACCUGUACCACGUCAAGGAGGCGGGCUGGGUCAAGCACGGCUUCCUCGACACGAAUCCCAUCUUUUGGCAGACGAAGCUGGACAAGGGCGAGUUUUCAAACGUCACGAGUGCGUUGGAGUAGAAGCAUCGAGGGGGUUUUUGAAAGCAUGAGACGAAUUAGGAGGUGUAUGGGAAGACAGUAGAUCAAAUACGAAGC